AUGAGAAAAGGAAAAACUAUGGUGCUCACUUCAAGCCCUAAUUAUGAAGAACUAAAAAGAGCAGCAAAUAAAACCCAAAUAUCUAAUGCAAAGAAAAAAAUGGUCAAAAAAGAUUUGAUGGCAGGGGAAAAAACAUUGACCGCAAAAGAAAGAAACAUAGAAGAAGUAACAUCUUCGGAUAGCUCAGUUGAAGUGGAGCUAGAGGAUUCUUCUUGCGAUUCGGACAAUUGCGAUAUAGAAUUUUAUCCUAAACCCAACGAAUUUAACAUCUAA